AUGUCUCCCCCAAAGAACGCGUACAAUCCUUCCGCCCCUAAUGUGAAGAAGAGAGACACCUACCUACCUAUCAAUGACAGGAUCCCGAACAGCAAGGCUUCUAUCAUUGAGAUAACUGGCUUGACUGACGAGCAGAUAGAACUGCUUCUUACCGUUGACGAUUUCGCUGCGAUGCCUUCUGGGACCCUUCAAGAUUCUAUUUGGGCGCCUGGCAACGAGAACAAGCAAUACGCUCCUAUCAAAACACCUACUGCAGCCCCCUCCGGACACAAUAAUGAGACUGUGCCAAGUGGAGUGUCUGCUUCGCAGUCUAAGACUAGCUGGAAGAAUUCGACUAGAGUUACAGUAGCCACUGCAGGUAAACAGCAACCACCAGCCCCCACCAACGAUCUCUCAUCCGUUGCUCCUCACCUUCGAGUUACUGGACAAGAGACCCCAUUGAAUUUGCCACCCCAUCUCCAACCCGUCAAUCAAAGUACUCGAUUCAACGGGCCACCUCAACUCUCUAACUUAGAAAAUACAGAAGAUAGACAAAUUCCUCAGAAUCAAGCAAAGCUAUCUUCAAACUCAAUAACUGUUCGCCAUAACGAGACCAUGAGCAUUCCUUGCACAAGCGGCAAUGCUGGCCCUAGUGGCAUCCUACAACAAACACAACACCUCUCCCCAUCUAAGCAAAAUGAAAUUAGCCAGCAGUCGGCUGUGCUCCCAAUUAGAUCGUCCUUCACGAUAAAUGGCUCACAGGAAGAUGCUUUUAUGAGUUUUCUGAACAACAAGGUUGCUGCUCAGGCAAAGACCAAGGAACUUGCAUCAAGGGCACAAGAAGUUUCAAGCAAAUUUACUUCAGAAUCGACUUCUCAGAAUAAGUUCCAGACUUCUCAGUCUCAGUCGGCUCUUGGUGUUACUUGGCACUCACAUUCUGUUAGUCGUCAUGAAGAUUUUACCACAUUUUUGUCGAGGAAAGAGAAGGAAUCUCUGUCCAAAGGAAGGCGAUACCAUGCAGCCAGUACUAACCCAGCUCACAAGGAGGCAGUCCGGCAACCCGAGCAGCGAACUCAGCCCUCGACUCUAGAUCAUGAGAAGAGUGCUGGGGGAAGUCGAGUUGAUACAUCUACCACCUUGAACCGAGGCCAUCUAAUGGCACUCCCUCGAAAUAACAUGGCCAUCCAGAGCAGUAAGACUCCUUGGGCUGCACCUCAUCAACCAUACAGCAGCCAGGGAGCCUUCAAGGUUCCUCGUAGCAGCCUCGAGCCUUCUUCAACAGCCAUGGCCAAGGUUCUGGGACAGAGCAAGACCUCCGCUGAAAAAGCUAUUGUCAAUCAAAAUAAUGGCAAUUCUAAUGAUAUCUUUCCUACAUCUUCAGUUGGAUGGGACGAUCCUUCUUUGCUAAAGCUUGGGCAAAUGCAUAAGGCUGGGGAACUUCACAAAGCAAUCGUGGACGAGUUCAUGGGAUCUGUCCUAACCCACUCUAACACCUUACCCUUGACCGAGGGAUCUCUUGCCAUAUCUACGGGCUUGGCCCCUCGUGUGGAGUCCGAAGAUAGCCUCUAUGGUCAAGUCAGCGAUGAAGGAAUCAGAGGAAAGAAGAAGGAGAACGUACGUGCUACGCAAGGCAUUCCUGCCACCGAGGAGUUGCUGGAUUUCCAGAACAAAUGGAUGCCGCCUCCCUGCAAUUGGGAGGUCGAUCGUCCCAUCUUUGACAUCAGCUUUAUGCCAAAAUAUAUUCGGGAAGAUUGGGCACCAGGCAUACCAUGCGGUCCCUCUGUUACGGUCGACAUUAGCGCUGAGGGGUUCAGGCUUGGAAAGCUUCCAGUUAAUGGGAAGUAUCUAGGUGAAGAGGUCAUUCAGCCUGAUAGUAUACCAGACAUAAAGAAUUCAGAAAAGGGCCAGAAGCGUCUGCUCCAAACCGCUGAGUUAGACUCUUUUAACUUCAUAAAGGCAAUGAAGAAACGAACUAAAAACGUCAAAAUGAUGAAUGUUCAGACCGAAGCAAGAUAUAGGGAGAUCGCAGAAAUGGAGUUUGCGCCGCACCCUUAUGCACCUGCUAUUGAUAUCUACUUGAGGCCAGCUACUCUUUCUGAUGUGUCGGGCAUCAAAGCUGUCUACAACUAUUACAUAAAGAAUUCGAUCAUCCCAGAAGACCAGGUUGAAGUUUCAGAAGAUAACAUUGCGGCGUUGAUCAACACUUGCAAGAGUGAGAAGCUCCCCUGCGUUGUUGCGAUCCGAGGAUGUGUUCCAUCUUUCAAAUCGCCAAGGAACAGCAUCAUCCAAUCGAAAUCUCUCUUGCCGAAAUUUGAAAAUGUCAUCGGUUUUGGUGUUGCCCAGACUUACGGUUACGGAUUCUCUGGUCUACGCACUGGUCGAUCUAGAACAACUGCAGACCUGCAAUUCUACGUGCACCACGAGUACACUCGCAAAGGAGUCGGUCGCAGUAUUCUCGACCGUCUGAUUCAGUGUUUAUCUCCUUCUUAUGCAGGUAAAGAUGGGUAUUCUUGGUUGAACCCCAACGAAGAUCCAACUUACAAAGUGGGCGGCGCGCACCUCAUGCAUCAACUUGUCAUUCAGUUACCUGUUAACUUCAAGGAUGACACCACCUUACCCUGGUUCACCGAAUUCCUCACAAAAUACUGGUUCGAUAAGGAAGCCAGACUGGCCCGAGUUGCACGAAGCACCAUCGCUCGUGGACAGGCGAACUUUCUUGACCUCGUGAUCUUUACCAAGGAAAUUUCAGUCGUCACGGAGCAUCCAGGUUUCACGUGAAGCGCUAUUUCGAAUACCGCGGGUUGGGUGCAAUUGAAAACCGGAAUUUGGUUGUGCGUACUGGAGCAUAAGCGUCUUUGCUUACCUCAAGAGCGGCUUCCACCAUGACCAGGAGCCUGCCUCUUGCUCUUAUCGACUUUUACUUUUCUCACUUUUCUCACUUUCCUCCCAGCCUUUGAACGGAUACCGAUACAUCUGAAAAAUGUAUCCCAAAAUUCAGAUAAAGCUUCACUUGGGAGG